UAUUACAUAUACACUGUAUUAAUGUUGAAGACCUCGUGUUUUAAUUCAAACAUUUGAUGUUUUUAAGUGUUUUUUAAUAAUAAAUUCAUAAUUUUAUUACAAUUGUCAGCAAAUGUCUUCAUUAGAGUUGUUAUCUGAUGAAGGGUUGAGAUGUGAUGGUCGGCGACCAACUGAAGUCCGCAAAAUGAGCUGCAGUUUCGGUGUGUUUGACCAAUCGGAUGGGUCGGCAUAUGUCGAGUUGGGAAACACUCGAGUGUUGGCCGCUGUCUAUGGACCGCAUGAUAUCCGUGGGUCGCGGUCUAAGGCUAGACAUAACAGAGCUAUAAUCAACUGUCAAUAUUCAAUGGCCACGUUUAGCACAUCUGAACGCAAACCCCGACAACGGGGAGAUUACCGAUCACUUGAAAUCACAAAUAAUUUGCGGGAAGUGUUUGAAAACGCCAUUUUGACAGAACUGUUCCCACACUCACAGAUCGAUAUAUUUGUGGAAGUGUUACAAUCAGAUGGUAGUAAUUAUAGCGCUUGUGUUAAUGCGGCCACUCUUGCCGUCAUUCACGCCGGUAUUCCUAUUAAAGACGUGGUCUGUGCCUGUUCGGCAUCGAUGGUUACCGACCAACCAAUAGUUGACGUCAAUUACUUAGAAGAGUCAAUAGGUUCGGGUCCUAUACUUACCAUUGCUUUACUACCUAAAGGUAAACAAAUCCUAUCGAUGGAGUCCAGCGGUAGAAUGCAUUCAACAGUUGUUCCACAAGUAAUGGAAUCGGCAAUCAAUGGAUGUCAACAAAUCUUACAAGUGAUGAAAGAAUCCAUUUUAAGUCACGUCAAGAGUUUAAAUAAACAAUAGUUUUUCAUUUUAAUUAGUAUUUUAUUAAUAAUAAAAAAG